AACAUAAGUUUUAUGAAAAAACACGAAUUAUAUACAUGUUAGAUUGUAUUAUUUUAUAAUUAUGCGGACAAAAUUGAAUCAUUCCAUAUAAUCAAUACUCAUGAAAUUCUCAUAUUUGAACAACCUCUUGGCAAUUAAUAUUAUUAAAAAACUAAUCGUAUGUCGCUAAGAUUUUUCGGGGUUCCCAGUGGCGUUUACAAUGUUAGGGAAAACGAAAGCUUGAAGCAAGAGAUUGAUCACAAAGAACCAACUAUAUUAUGCCGCGUAUUUUUCUUGGACGAUACUCAAGAGAUGUUCGAAAUCGAUACUAAAGCCAAAGGCCAAUUUUUGCUCGACAAAGUGACCGAACAUUUGGAACUCGUGGAGAAGGGAUACUUCGGAUUGGAGUUUCUAGAUUCCUUCAUAGGAUCUCAGGAAUGGAAAUGGUUAGAUCCUACAAAAUCGGUGCGAAAACAAGCUCAAAACAAUCCUUAUCCUUACAUUUUCUACUUCAAGGUCAAAUUCUUCGCGGCCGAUCCCGAAAAGUUAUACGAAGAAUAUACGAGGUACCACUUUUUCUUGCACCUAAAAAGGGAUCUACGAAUAGGCAAGUUGAUAACCAAUCACGCCGACCAAUAUAACGCCAUCUUAUUGGCUAGCUACGUCGUCCAAUCCGAAUUGGGCGAUUACGAUCAAAACGAAUUCGUGCAAACGUCCAAUCACAAUGCCAGUGAUUAUAUAGCAAGAAUUGAUUUGAUACCCGACCAAACGCUCGAAGUCAACGCCAAAAUAAUGGAUUUACACAAGAAUCACAAGGGCCAUACUCCUGCAGAUGCGGAAUAUAAUUUCUUGUGUAUAGCUAAGACGCUCGAAACAUACGGUGUCCAAAUGUACGAAGCUUUGGAUGAAAACAACGUCGCCAUUCAAUUGGCCGUUUCUUGUGCCGGUGUUUUAGCGUUCCAGAACAUAAUCAAGAUCAAUACAUUUUCCUGGAAAUCCAUAUUGAGAAUAUCGUUCAAAAAGAAAUUCUUCUAUCUCCAUAUUCAAGAAAACACGUCAUCGAUGGAAGCCGAUUGCUCUCUCAUCCUUAAAUUUGACAUGAACGAUGGCAAUUCCUGCAAAAAUUUUUGGAAAUCUUGCAUAGAGCACCACACUUUUUUCCGUCUCCUCGACCCGCCCCCGCCCGUCAAGAAGAACAUCUUCUUUUCUUUUGGUUCGAAGCAAUACAGAUACAGUGGAAGAACCGAACAUCAGACGAUUUUAGAAUACAAAAAGAGAAUCAAAAUCGAUCGUAUAUUUACCCGCAAUUCGGGUAAAUCUUCAUCAGUCCGUCCACCGCAUUUCAACCAUAACUCCCACUCCAACCAAACCAAUCAUAGGAACAGCGUUGGAAAUCAUCAUUUUAAUCUUUCCAGAAUUCCUGCCACGGUAUCCUCGUUGGUGGUACCUACCUCUCAUCAUCAUAAUCAUCAUCUUACUUCCGAUCACCAAAACCAUACUUUGCUGCUCCCUAACAAUCACCAUAAUCAUACUUCCCGAACUGAGAGCUUUAACUCCAGCAAAAAUAAGGAUCAAAGAUUUAAAUCCUCCAAAAAUUCGUCUUCAAGAUCUGGUACCGUUUCUCCAGAAUUAAUCAGCGAUAAUGGCACCCCCAAUAAUAUUCAUAAUAAGCCUCCUCCCCCCAAGACUACGAACCCGUUCAUGAGGAGGGCCAGCCUUAUACCGGCCCUCCUAUCUUCCCCUUUUAUCUCAUCGCGAAUCAAGACGCAUUACGACAUAGCCAAGGUAGACGAUAAGUCUUCCGCCGCCAAUAAAGCUAAAUACAUUGUCACGAAGGAUGAAAUGCCGAAAGACAGUACGACAGAUCAUAACCACCUAUCCACCAAUUCAUCCCACACAAAUUUGUCGACGUUGAACGACCAUUCAAAACUCUCGGAAAAUCAGGAAACAAAAAUUGCGAUCAAAAAAUUAUUGUCUAAAAAUAUCCCGGAAAUGAAAAAGGUUAAAAACAGUAACAAGGAAAGACCUACCCACGGUCUCCUAAAAUUCGCUACAACUCUUCCCUCCACUAACAACGGCGAACAACAACCACACAGCCCCAAAGCUGACGAUAAUGUAUUAUCUAUUGGAAUAUUUAAUAACAUUCGAGUAAACGGGGAAAUUCGGCUCACGGGAGCACUAAACUUUUCUGGACCAGGGACAAUUGAAACGAAUGACCGACCAAAAUCUAUGCGUUAUGUAAGCAAUGCCAAGGAUAGGAGGUGGACAGAUCGGAGAAGUUUCAACUUAUACGAUAAGAAGAAUGUCGAAAGUAAUCGCGGAGUCAAUGGGGACACCUCUAAAAUUGAUUGCGAUUCCAGGAUCACCCAAAACGGCGACAUAGAUUACUUCAAAAUCGGUCGUAGCGAAUAUCCCACGCUAGAGAAAAAACGUUUCGAUCAAAAUCUUAGCCUGGAAAGACGAAAACCAAAAAAAAUGACUGAGCAGGUUCAAAAUUCAUCUCCGGGCAACACCGUAAGCCGGUUAUUGUACCACUCCAACAAUGUCAAAUCCACGCAGAGCUACAACGACUCUAAUAAUUGCGCCGCCAAUUACGUCGAUAUCAAUAUGGUGGCCGAUAAAACCGGCAAAUACGGUUUCAAUAUCAAGGGUGGAAGCGAUCAGGAUCUACCGGUCAUAGUAUCCAAAAUAGCUUUGGACACUCCUGCCGAUAAGGCCUUUCCUAGGCUCAACGAGGGCGACCAAAUCGUUUACAUAAACCGGCAAUCCGUUAAUGGUCUGACACACGAACAAGUUAUAAAUCUCAUCGUUAACUCCCCCAACCGGAGACUCAAUAUCGUGGUUAUACCGAAUGUUUACGUGGGUGACCUGGAAGACGAUCUGGAUAUUUCGUGCCCUCCGAAUGAAAAUUCGGACAAAUCAUCCCUUAAACUUCUUAACGGUAAUAACGUUGAUCGAAUAACUACCAGUUCCGAGAUCAGAAUCAUCACCAAGAAAAACGGCAACCCUGAAAACGGGGUAAUCGAAGAGAACGAUAUCAACCUAUAUUCGAAAGUUUCUGAGAAUAUUCCCGCCCGGUUCCGCCUAGGGGAAUCUAUGAAGCUCAUGGAGUGCUCACUCGUUGACGGAGUCCUGAUCAAACAGUUUCAGCAAUUAUAUAGGAGAAAGCCAGGCUUGACUACCAAAAUGGCUAAGCUGCCGCAGAACGCCCAUUUAAAUCGUUAUAAAGACAUCUCACCUUACGAUCAGACUAGGGUCUUCAUCAAUGACACGUCCUGUGGUACAUCCUACAUCAACGCUAAUUAUAUCAACAUGGAAAUAUCGAAUACCGGUAUAAUCAAUAGGUACAUAGCUGCCCAAGGUCCGCUGCCUCAAACUAUAGCUCAUUUUUGGCAGAUGAUAUGGGAGCAACAAAGCAGUUUGAUAAUCAUGUUGACGACUGAAGUCGAACAAGGACGCGUCAAGUGCAAUAGAUAUUGGCCCGAGACCAAGGACGAAACAGGAAAUGAUGGAGCUACGACCCUAAACUUAGCGGAUAUAAAUUUGAAAAUUAGUCAAUCAGCUGCUUCGAAAGAAGGCGGGCACGAAAAUAUUUAUUUUUCCCAAAUGGACAAUCGCCCUCUUUACAUCGUAAGGACGUUCAGCAUCCACAAUACCGCGUUGGGAGAAGAAAGAGAGGUAACCCAAAUGCAAUAUUUGCAAUGGCCCGAUCACGGCACCCCCAAGGACCCGUCAGAUUUUAUCAGUUUCGUUAAUCAUUUUCGGAAACUCAAAAUGGGCUCUAGCGAGCCCGCUGUCAUUCAUUGCAGUGCCGGAAUAGGUAGAACAGGUGUCCUUAUCCUGAUGGAAACUGGUAUGAGUUUAAUCGAAGCUUAUCAACCGGUAUAUGCUUGGGAAAUCGUGAAAGUUAUGAGAGAUCAAAGAUGCAUGCUUAUACAAACCACGUCACAAUAUAAAUUCGUUUGCGAAGCUCUGCUGAAAGUUUGGAAAGAAGGCAUAAUACAGCCUAAUCACGAACUGUUAUCCCUCCCUAAUUCAACCGCUCAGCAUAAUUUUCCAUGUUCCUAUAAUAGUAGGAAUAACGUAAUUGAUUCGAAUUACACUUAUUCUAGUAAAUUUAAGAUCAUGAACAUUAAUCAUAACCCCUACGAAACUACCAUUGAUUGACAGGACAAAAUUUUAAAAUUUUUCCUUUUUAUUUGUAAUAACUUCUUUCUUUUUGAUCCAAUUCUUUUCCUUAAAAAAUAACAAUUUCAUUUGAACCAUAAAAAAAUGUCUAAUAAAAUUUAUAUCAAUUUUUUUUCAUCUUUUCAGAUGAUCCUAAAUUCCUGAUUUGAACUGAAAUUUUUUAUCUAUCCUUUGCAUUUAUUCAUUAAUAUUUAUAAACAGUAAGAUUUCGAUUAUUAUUUUAAUAUUUUAUAAGGCAAAAUAAAAAAAACUUUUAAAAGUUUUUAAAUUUUAAUCAAAAAUUAUAUGUUAAUAUUUUGAAAUUUAUAAAAAUUUUUAGAACUAUGUUUGGGAAACGUUUUUAUAUUAUAAAUCGCUUAUUUUUUCUUCGUUAUAGUUACGAAACCUUAUUUAAUUUAAUAUUUAAGCCACAGCCCUAAUAAAGAUCUCAAGAAGCUUUUAUAUUAUUAUAUCUAACUAUACUCUUAAAAUCCAUAAAAAAAAUUCUAAAAUUUAUUAUUAUAAUAUAUAUAUAUUAAAUAUUGAACUUUUUUUGCCCUCCAAAAAACCCUUUUUAUAUUCUACUUAAAUAUUUGAGAUAUUAAUAAAAAUUAAUAAAGCUGGCCCAGAAUAGCAGCAAUCACCUGGCUGCAUGUUUUUUAAAAAUGAAAUAACCGUAUUAUUGUGUGAUAUAAUAUAUAUAUUUUUUUAAAAAACUACAAUAUUAUAUAUAAGCUUUAAUAUUUUUUUUGUAUAUAAAAAAUUUGUUUUUAAAACCAUGCAAUUUUUAUACAAACUUUUUUUUAUAAUAUUUACUAUUUUGAUACAAGUAUACUUUAUAAAUUAUUUUACAAUAAUCAAUUUUUUUUCAAAUAUAAUUAUUAUAUACAAAAAAAGUAUUUUAAUUAUUGUAUUUAUUUUUUGACGUAUGUUUAAAAUAAAUUAUUACUG